GCGCAGACAGCGGCGGGUGCGGGACGUGCACUAUGGCUCGGGGUUCGCUGCGCCGGUUGCUGCGGCUCCUCGUGCUGGGGCUCUGGCUGGCGUUGCUGCGCUCCGUGGCUGGGGAGCAAGCGCCAGGUACGCGGGACUUGGGGGUCGGAGAACCCCGAUCCGGGGCUCGGGAGCCGGAUUGGGUGCCUGGAGAACAGCGCGGAACUGGGGAAACAGGCGGAUGCACCGCCCCCUGCUCCCGCGGCAGUUCCUGGAGCGCGGACCUGGACAAGUGCAUGGACUGCGCGUCUUGCAGGGCGCGACCGCACAGCGACUUCUGCCUGGGCUGCGCUGCGGCACCUCCUGCCCCCUUCCGGCUGCUUUGGCCCAUCCUUGGGGGCGCUCUGAGUCUGACCUUCGUGCUGGGGCUGCUUUCUGGCUUUCUGGUCUGGAGACGAUGCCGCAGGAGAGAGAAGUUCACCACCCCCAUAGAGGAGACCGGCGGAGAGGGCUGCCCAGCUGUGGCGCUGAUCCAGUGACAAUGUGCCCCCUGCCAGCCGGGGCUCGCCCACUCAUCAUUCAUUCAUCCAUUCUAGAGCCAGUCUCUGCCUCCCAGACGCGGCAGGAGCCAAGCUCCUCCAACCACAAGGGGGGUGGGGGGCGGUGAAUCACCUCUGAGGCCUGGGCCCAGGGUUCAGGGGAACCUUCCAAGGUGUCUGGUUGCCCUGCCUCUGGCCCCAGAACAGAAAGGGAGCCUCACGCUGGCUCACACAAAACAGCUGACACUGACUUAAGGAACGGCAGCAUUUGCACAGGGGGGGGUGUCCUCCUUCCUAGAGGCCCUGGGGGCCAGGCUGACUUGGGGGGCAGACUUGACACUAGGCCCCACUCACUCAGAUGUCCUGAAAUUCCACCAUGGGGGUCACCCUGGGGGGUUAGGGACCUAUUUUUAACACUAGGGGGCUGGCCCACUAGGAGGGCUGGCCCUAAGAUACCGACCCCCCCAACUCCCUAAAGAGGGGAGGAGAUAUUUAUUUUGGGGAGAGUUUGGAGGGGAGGGAGAAUUUAUUAAUAAAAGAAUCUUUAACUUUAAA